AUGGGUGCUUUCGAAGAGGCACGUCCUGCCGUCGACGAUGGCCUCAAGCUUGAGAAAAAUGCCGGGCUCCUGAUGGCAACGAAUAAUGCAACAAUCGCCUUCAAAGCCAAUACCGAGCGACUGUAUAUGCCCGAGCCGCACUUCUAUAAGCACUUUGCGAAACAGCCGUUUCAAACGUCUCCCGCAAUCAAUCGAGGAUACUGGCUCCGCAUGCGGGCGGUAGAGUGGGUCGUUCGCCAAUUUCUUGAAAAGCCGUCUGGCCAGAGAAAGGUCAUUAUCAACUUGGGCUGUGGCUACGAUCCAAUGCCGUUUCAAUGGCUCGCCCGCGAAAAGCCGCUAUGCUCCAACACGAAAUUUAUCGACGUUGAUUAUGAGCUUCUAAUAGAAACCAAACGCGAUAUUAUUUUCAGUCGACCAGAGAUGAAGGGCUUGUUGCACUCCGUCAUGACCAGUUCGAGCGACAUUUGCCCUGGGAUCUUGAUUGAUAGCCAGGAAUACUCUGCCCUUGGCUGUGAUCUUCGGAAUCUCCGAAAGCUGGGCAGACUUCUGACUUCUGUGGUGGAUCUAGAAGACAGUAUGGUGUUGUGUGUAGCGGAGGAUAGCACGUGCUUCAUGCGCACAGAUGAUGCUAAUGCUCUCAUACAAUGGAGUUCUGUUCUCUCAAGGGACGUGACUUUUUGCGCCUUGGAGCCGCGCAGUCCCGAUCAACCUGACAAUGCAUUUACAGCGAAAAUGACCGGCUACUAUGCUAAACAGGGGACACCUCUAAGAUCUAUUUUUGAAUACGACGGACGACAUACCCAAAACCAACGUUUUCGCGAAGCUGGAUUUCCUAGCAUUGAGUAUCAGAAUCUCUGGGAGUUAUGGGCAGACUCAAGAUUUCUAUCGCCGUCUCAAAGAAUGGCCUUGGAUUACAUUGAGCCUUUUGACGCUUGGGAAGAGUUUGCUCUUCACGCUAGCCAUCACUGCCUCAUUGUGGCUCACAAUCAGAUGGACCCAUUCUUGCCCCAGCGGAUAAUCUCCCGUCGAAACUCUGAUGCGAGUGAUGCUUCAGACAUAUCUGCAAGAACUUCCUCGCCAAACAACCCAGAUUCACAACUGACUGCUUUUCGCUACUACAAAGCCCCAGGCAACCUUUGCGAGCGUCAUCACGGUUCCACCUACCCAAUCCCUGGCCAAGAUGCGAUCGCAGUAUACGGAGGCCAAGGUCCUACCUCAUGCCGAGCGACAAGUGCAGUCUGUAGGCCACGAUAUCUUCGUGAUGAGACACCGACAGUUUUGCCUCCUGAAGUAGGUGCUCGCUGCUGUCAUGUGUGCACCGCAAUGAUCAACGGCGAUAACAUUCUGGUUGGAGGCCGUGCGUUACCGCACCAACCCCUACGAGACUGCUGGUUACAGAAGGGCAAUACCUGGCAUCGCAUUCAUGAUUUACCAGAGCCUCGGUAUCGAUGCCGAGUGGUCCCUGUCACAUUGCCUGACAACCUGUUCGGUGCCGUCUGUUUAGGCGGAAAAACAGGACCUACAAAAGUGGCCACUGACAUACUUCUUUGGGAGCCAAACAGAGGCUGGCGUGUCCUUCGGGCCUUGAUCAACCAGCCAGUGCCUCGAUUUGGUCCGAACUUUAUUCGCCUAGGCUUCAACCACGGUGUGUUCUUCGGCGGAAUGCGACAGGAUGGAGUAAUAUGUCAAGAUUUCUGGCGAUGGAGGCUUGUCAUACGCGACAAUGUCGUAGUAGGCAUCUCGUUCCGUCCUUCUCAUGCCCUGGACGCCAGCGCCGGAGCCUACCCGUGGUUCUCCCGCUUUGGUGCGUCCUAUGGUUUUGUCCAGGACAAUUUACUGAUCAUCGGAGGAAUUGCAAAGGGUGGCUGUAUUCCCAAAACAUAUGAAAUACUGUCCAUGACUGGCAGUUUUUCUAUUCUUCAUGACGAAGGAAAAGAGCCCAGCCUCCGUGUUACCUCGGUUGAACCGACCAGAGAUUCGGAUUGCCCUCGACCAUUCUUAAUUGGCCAUUCGACCCACAGAACGCAGGCUGGCAUGUUCGUAAUCAUCGGAGGAGGGAGUACCUGUUUUCAUUAUGGUACUUAUUUCAAUAAAGGUAUAUGGGUCUUGCACGAUAAGGAGGCUGGUAUAUCAGCCGAUUGGGUAAUCGUCCCGACGCGGCCUUCUGUCCUCACCGGGGCCAGUUCAGAACCUAGUGUCAAUGGUGGCGAUCACCAACAAGACGGGUUUCUCAUCAAGAGGGCUUUGAUAAAGAAUCAGCGCGAAUUUCAAAUCAUGAUACAGAAGCUGAGGCCAAUCGUCAUGCCAAUGCUCGAUUUCGGACCAUGCAUGCGACUCUGGUCAUUGGAGCAUCUUCAAGGCCGUAGCGGUCUUCACCUAUCAUCUGAGCCACAGACAAGAACCACCUCACGGAACGACAGUGGCGACUCUCACGACGUCAAAUCAAUGCUUCGCGAACACCUUCAGAGGGCCAGCAUUGUAUCAACGGACUUCUAUCCUCAUGGACUCUCCGCGACAGCACAAGACCUAAGGCCGAUCAACCUAACGGAUGAACUGCCGGAACUAGCAUACGACUUUCAGCUACCGUCCGAGAUAUCAUGUAUUAAGCCUCUUGUCCACUCCACCCUCUUUCAUAUUUCGAAUGGUAUCAGCACGUUUCUCAAGUACGACGUGAUGGCCACGAUACUUGUUCAAGUCCGUGGAGCGAAGAAAUUGGUGCUCCUCCCACCGUGUGACCUCAACGAAAUCGGAUAUGCUCCCGGAGCGGUACACAGCAACAUGCGUGUUUUUAGCAAUACCGGGGCCGGUCAGAGGUACUCAUUACAUCCCCCGCCUAGGACAAGUCCACACCUUGCCAUACUGAAGGCUGGGGAAGCUUUGUUCAUCCCGCCAUUCUGGUCGUUUGCUCAUGUACCCCAUUUUGAGCGUUCGAAUGUUGCGAAGCAGACUAGCCGAAACUUCAACUCUGAUGGCAAUAUAUCCAGGAGAUUGAGUUAUGCCGGUUCCGACACUUCAAAUUCGUCUUUUUCAAGUGCAUCAGAAUUCGCAUACGAGGAUCCUAAUCUCGGCAGUCGACCACCUCUCUCAGAGGACAGAAUCGUUCGAGAACAGGCUUCUAACCUUGACAUCGCGGUCAGCAUCACUUUCCGCACCCUCGACUCAUGUGCAUAUGCUUCGUCUCCCACAUCGGCUGGAAACCUCGCUCUUGUAGCGUAUGAAAAGGGCCGCCAGGAUAUGGAGAGAGUCUUGGAAAGGUUUACACGCCACGAGACUCACACGGCAAACGGUUUGAUGCGUGAUACUGAUGUCAAUGGAAAGGCGCACUCGGGUAUCACUCUGAAUGCCUUGCCGAUAGAUGUUACAAAAGCUUUGUUGGAGCGGCUAGGCAAGGAGCUGCUUUCGAAGGCGGAAGCUUUGUGA